CUGAUCGAACCACAGUCACACAAAGGUUCCGAGCGGGCAACCCAGCGUCAGAUCAAGCAACGGUGCCACGAUAAUUCCGCGUGCAACAUCACUCAUCAGUAUCGACAUGGCCGACAAAGACAGCGACGCUAAGCCAGGUCUGGCGAUCGAGACCGACGGGGCAAAACUUGCAGACAUAGAGACCUCGGUUGAAUCUGACAUCUACGAUAUGGGACCUCAAUUAAAGCUGGAAUAUGACGAUGUUUUCGCUGCACCAGAUGACUACAACAUAUUCACGUCCAUCACUGACAUCAACAGAAAGAUCUUCAAUAAGACACAGGUUGUAGUCUACAGCCUCUUCAGUAUCAUCCUAGGAGUCAUCCUAUCUUUCAUCUGGGCAAUAAUCUUCGGUCUACUCAAUGUGAUCUCCAUCUACGUCUUGCAACCCGCCUCUAAGGUGUUCUUCAUCCUCCUACGUGUUGCAGGAAUGAUCUUCAAGGCGCUGAUCGGCUCCUUCUGCGACCCGUUCUACCGCUCAUUCGCUCUCAUUUUGUCACGUAUCAACGUGGCUGCCCUGACCGCCACGGAGGCAAGGCCCGUUGGCAUGAGAAUCCACAAUUCAAAUCUUCAAAUUGUCUAAGGCCUUGACAGUUGUCGCAAGAGGCACAUUUUGCAGGCAACUAGGAGGCAACCAGCUGCAGUGCCUUAGGUACGAAAUGCCGAAGUCACCUCGUAGCUUGCACAAGGUAUUAUACGAAGUAUCCUGACAUCCACUAUACAGGGCCACUUCCGCAGCACAUGAGUAACUUGUCAAACAAUGUCUUGCGAUCCCAAUACGAAAUCGUGAUUACAUAUAUAUUCAAAGAUGAAUGCCUUUUCUUUGAGAUUGCAUGGAACCGGUUGCCUGUAAACUGCCUCAUGUGACACGACCCUAACUCCAAAGUCCGUUUUCAGUGAAUUUUGAAACUCGCUUUGGUAUUUUUUUUUUAGAAAAAAAAGAAAUUUUUAAGAAUGUUUUUUUUUUAACAUUAAAACCUACAAGUGUUAUUUUUAUGCGGGUUAUUAUUAAUUAAACGUAAUUUAAAUUAUAUUCAACGUGUACCUUCAGCCGACUGAUUUCUUUGCUCAUGAAAUAGUACAAAGAUGCGAAGCUUGACGCUAGGUGGCAGCAGACAUGAGAAAACAAUCUCCACAAGUUUUGAGCAUGCGGGUCUCCGAGCUCUGACGUUCACACUUAGAGGCAAGGGGACCAGUCUAAACCAAUUUUGAACCAAUUUUAUCUGUCCAUUUUUAAAUAUUACCACUGUACAUGUACAUUAUACCCCACAUAAAAACUUUAUUAAAAAAUAAAUAAAUAAUACACCCUUUAUACUAAACAAAAUUAAUAGCCUCCACCGCAGUCAACUCAUUUCUUCAAUAAUCCGAAACUAUAUGUGCUUCUUGUAAUAACUAAGACACAUUUUGUUGAUUGUUAAAGGUUUAUUUGAUAGGCAUUACGGAUUGUAUAUAAUUUUAUAUACCAGCACGCAUUUUGUAAUAAAUUAUGUCUUAACAUUUUUUUAAACUAUUUAUAUUAUAACUAACCCCCUUGUUGUAUCUCUUAAUUAUUCUGAACUGUUACAAUAAUAUCAACCAAUGUUGAAGCAAUGGCAUCGUUUUUAUUAUUAUUAAACUAUUACAAAAAGAAUGUACAUGUAUAGUAUUCCAACAAACAAG